AGGCCCGGGCGCUGCAGCCACCUGACCCCACUCGAGACCACUUCAGCCUCAUGGACUGAAUCUAACACUUUUGGAAAUUAUCACUGUUGCAUGUUUAUUGCCUAUUCCUCCCUGGGAACAGGAACGAGGCCCAUAGUAUACAAAUCUAUUCAUAUUUGAUGCAUGAAUUUCAUCUCCCGAUUUCCUUCCAGCAAACGUUCCUUCAAUGUUGAUACUGCAAAGCUCCAGCAUAGGUACCAGCAGCUACAACGUCUUGUCCACCCAGAUUUCUUCGGCCAGAGGUCUCAGACUGAAAAGGACUUCUCAGAGAAGCAUUCGACCCUGGUGAAUGAUGCCUAUAAGACCCUUCUGGCCCCCCUGAGCAGGGGACUAUACCUUCUAAAGCUCCAUGGAGUAGAGAUUCCUGAAGGAACAGAUUAUAAAAUGGACAACCAAUUCCUCAUGGAAAUAAUGGAUAUCAAUGAAAAACUCGCAGAAGCUCAAAGUGAAGCUGCCAUUAACGAGUUUGAAUCUGUUGUCAGAGCUAAACAGGAAGAAUUGACUGACGAUUUGAGCAGAGCUUUUGAACAAGAUGAUUUUGAAAAGGCCAAGGAAAUUUUAACAAAGAUGAGAUACUUUUCAAAUAUAGAAGAAAAGAUCAAGUUAAAGAUGAUUCCCCUCUAAUGGUUGCUGAUUUUUUUUUUAAAUAAAGUUCUUAUUUAUUUUCUGGCUUCUGCUAGAUCACUUUAA